AUGGCUUCAUUAAAUUCUAUCGGGGUCAAACUUAUAGCGAGUGGAAAAGAGCCUAUUGUGGACAUAAUUGCUGUUCAUGGUCUUCAUGGAGAUGCGUACAAAACAUGGACAGCCAAACCGGAAAAGGCUGGUGGGGCAGAGGUGAUGUGGUUACGAGAUCUGCUUCCUACAGAAAUACCCAAUGCCCGUAUUCUCGCGUACGGGUACGACUCAGAUCCUGGGAAGUUUCUUGGAGGUGCUAGUACAAGCAUGGUCCAUCACCACGCAUUCACUCUGGUUUCGGAACUAUAUUUCUUCAGAAGACGAGAACAUGAGAGGAGAAGACCUAUCAUCUUUGUUUGCCACAGCUUAGGGGGGAUUGUUGUCAAAAGAGCACUUAUCUACUCCAACAGCUGCAAUCUUAGCCAUAAUGUUCACCUCAGGGCUAUCAAGGUUUCGACGUACGGAGUAUUAUUUCUAGGCACUCCUCAUAUGGGUUCUGAUCUUGCAAAAUGGGGGAAAAUGGCUGAAAUGAUUUUUCGCUUGGUAACACCAAAAGCCUUAGUGGACUCGAAUAGUGCCCUUCUCAAAACUCUCGAGUCAAACUCCGAAACACUACAAAAUAUUACAGACAACUUUCUGGGCAUUUCAAGAGACUUCAAAUUGUUUUUUUGUUGGGAGGAAUUGAAGACAUCUAUACCAGGGGUGGGGAAAGAAUUGAUUGUUGAAUACUCUUCCGCCGCACCAGAAGCACUCGCCGAUGCUGGUCGUGCAGCUAUCCAUGCAAACCACAGUGAUAUGUGUAAAUUCUACGAUGUCAAUUCACCAGGGUGGAACGUAGUGGCUGGGUGUCUCUACGAUUUUGCCCAGCAGGCAUCAGCUGCCAUCGAGAGAGGUUGGGCGCAGGAAACCCGGCGAAACGUACAAGAAACCCGUGAUUACGUGACAAAUGUUAUUCAAAAUACGGAAGAACGGCUUUCGUCGACGCCUAUGCUUCCGCAUAACUCAAGGACAUCUUCCCCAGGAAGUAUGAGGGUAGUCACUAGAGGUGUUGAAGGCGGUUUUAUUCAACCAGAUGAGAUCUCUGAGUUCGGUGAACAUUAUGAAUCGGCAAACACCUCCCAUAAUCUUCUUCUUAUCAAGAACACACCUUUCGUUAAACCUCUUUCACUCCAAGAGAAUAAGUACUUCGAAGGGGGAGACGACGAGCUAAAAAUAAUCCAUUCAAUACUCACCGACCAAAAUAAGAGGGUAGUGAGCAUAUCCGGAGUGACUGGUGCAGGGAAAACACAUCUCGCGCGCGAAUACUUUUUUCAUAGAAAAUCGGAAUUUCCUGGAGGCGCAUUCUGGAUCGACUGCAAACACAGUGGAGAUACAUUAUCGACUGAAUCACUAGAUUUGGGGUAUUGCAUGAUAGCCGAGGAGCUUGGAUUAUCAAAUCAGCAGAAUAUCAACAAACAUCAGAACGUUGAUCCGAAAUUAAGCACCCGAUUUGAGGUCAACAAUUGGUUCGACAAACACGAUGGGUGGCUACUCGUACUUGAUGGUGCAAAUGUGGAAACGAAUAAUGAAGUUAACCUAUUAUCAGAGUAUGUCCCAAAAAGUAAAGGCGGAAGCAUUAUUCUUACAACUCUGAAUUCGUCUUUUGCUGGUGCUGCCCGCCUGGGAAGCCCUGAACGGCUAGAUCUUGGACGAAUUACAGAGGACGAGGCGGUGAGAAUGGUUAUGCAUUACAGCCAAAUAAAUUCACCAUCCGGAGUCGAGGUUGAGGCAGCAAAGAAGCUAGUGAAACAUUUGGAAUACAACCCGUUGGCGAUUCAAUCAGCAGGCAGCUACAUCAAAGGGAAAAAAGUAUCAGUGUCUGAUUACUUAAAGAAAUAUGAAAAGCGACCAUUCGUUGAAAGGGAGUUUUUAGAACCCUUUCACAUCAUAUUUGAUCGUUUGGACAUUCGUUACGAAGAGGCUGGAAACCUACUGCGCCUGAUCGCAUUCCUGCACAGAGAAAUACCCGUUCAGAUGCUGGAAUUCGGUAUAAAAUACAUACCACAACAUAUCCAGGUUCGUGCGGGGGACGCCGAUAGAAGGGACUUAAACAAUACGAUUGGUCACCUUCUGGCAUAUUCGAUGGUUGAUAGGAUUGGAAAGCAAUCUGAUGAUGUUCAAAUCGAUACGUUGGUCAUUCACAGCGUUAUUCAAGAAGUAUGCAUUUCUCGAUUACGCAAAACGCCUGGUGAAUUGAAGAAAUGGCUUGAACUAGCGAUUGGGAUGUAUUGUAAAUCAUUCGAUACGAUGGAAUUACGACAAUACCGCGCGAAGUUUUUGGUAUCGGAUUAUCGACGAUACGAACUUCAUGGAGUGAGGCUUCUAGAGCACGCAAAUAAACACAAACUUGCAAAGGUAGAACUGGAAAGAGUGUUGGAGAAGCUUAGAGAGGCCAUCAAUGGUGAUGAUCAAACGGAGGGGCCAAGAAUUUCUAUGUUCGCCAGCGGAAGUGGUUCUGAUAGCGCACCUGAAACCCCCUCUGUGUCACCGGAAAGUUCGAGGCACCCGACUUGGAAUGACAAUCCUGGCGUGGUCAGGCCAGCAGGAAGUUCACAGAUCGGAUCUGUGGAUAGGCUUCGGGAGCAUUUAAGCCAGAAGGAGCAUUGGAGGCGUCUUGCGGAGCAUGAUACUUCCUACGACUCGGAUAUCGAAUAUCAACCAACAAGACGUCCGCAUCGAACACAUUUUCCGAGACCCAGGACAGGGGAAAAGCCCUACACUUUUCGUUACGAGCCUCCGGGGAUACCAAGAAACGGACAAUACAUGAACUCUAGACACACCAACGACCAAUCGCAACCCGCUGAUACUGAGAAAAAUUCACCUCUUGGUUCUCGUUUGAGAUCAUUGUUGAGAGCACCAACAGGUUUUUCCUCUAUUCCCCCCCAAUCUCAAUAUAACUGGCCAUGGAAUCGCAAUCAUUCUCCCCCUCAAAGUGCGCCCCUUCAAUCACCCUCAACACCCAUGCAAGCAACCCAAGGAAACUCAACGUUUCCUAUAUCCAGUGGGGUUCAAACUCCGGUUAGAGGAAGAUCCCCUGUUAGAAAAGGCUGGGGCUCGCUUUCCGGUAUUCAAUUACCCAUAGACCUGGUACCAAAUUCUUAUGGUGGAGACGGUCUGCAUGCACCUGCAUACGAUGACGAUUCUCUACAUGCUGAUCCAGAAGAGUUUCCUUUUGGUGGAAGUGGUGGCCCUUCACAUUAUCUACCUCCACAAAUAAAAACCCCUGUAGAUUAUCAGGGUAAAGGAGGCAUUCUCGACAUGCCAUAUGAACCUUCGCAUACUGUGGCUGUCAACCAAACAAAGCCAUUCUCGCCUGGAUUCUCCCCAAGCAGAGACCUAUCGAGCUCUCCAAUUGCGAGAAGUAUUGUUGGUCCGAGAUAUGAUAGGCCGCCAUCAGCUGCAUGGUCAGAGCCUAUAUUAGAACAUGAAGACGAUUACUCCCCACAGGCUUCACCUUUCAGUUCUACAAACAUGAUAAGAGCACGAUCGUCGACGGCAGCAACAAGUGAGAGGAAGUCGCCCCGUAUUGCACAGUUGCAAGGCCUGGCUAGUACGCAGGCAUUAGGCCACCAACGAUCUAUCAGUGGUGGAGGACGACCUUUGCCGAGAUCCAAGGCAAACCCAAUCCAUAGGGUUGUUUCAGAACCAUUGCAAGUCUUAUCAACAGAGCCAAAUCGGGCCUCUCACUCGCCUGGCUUGGGUAUUGAUGGCCUUCAUAUCCCAUUCGGGCUUCCAGAAGUCACUGUCGCUCCGCACUCACCAGAUAUCAUGACCUCCGAAAGGUUCGCAGGUGGAAUGCUGAGAUCAGAGGACGAAGAUCUCUUACGCGGUGAACAUUAUUUGGGAGAGAGAAGAAGUUCGGUGCCGGAAAGAGCCGUUGAAGUAGGAUCUACAGAUAUGCAAAGAUCCAUCAGUGAGCCAAUAGCAGGGCUUGGUGUCUCGAUAAGGCGAAGGUCUCCACUCCGGGAGCAGAAAUCCCACAACGACUAA